AUGAAAGAAAUAAUAAUAAUUGAAACCGAUAGCGGUCAAAAAAUAAAAAGUCUGUUGGAUAGAGAACAAGUGAAUUACCAAAUUGUCUACGACAAAUUAUUAUCCAGUAGCCGUCAGGAAAGUAUUUUUGUUAAAUAUGGUGAAGCUCUAAAAGAUAAAGGACGAGAAGCCGAGGCGAAAGAGUUGGAAAAUUCCGAGCAAGAGGAUAUAAUUGAUGAAGAAUGGACUAGUCCCAAAGAAACCGAAGGAACUGAAAUAAUGAAAUCUCGCCCGGGGAUAAUUAUUUCCACUAAUGAGUUGAAUAAUAAGAAAGUUGAUAAAGUUUAUCCGUUUGAGAUUUUUAUUAAUUUUCAGGGAAAACGCGGAAAAGCCUUACCCGACCAAAUUAAAACUUAUAGCCAUAGCCGAAUUAUUAAGAAAUAUGGAAUAUUGAACCCGCAAUAUUAUCCGGAAAUAGAAAAAAAGUUGAAAGAAGUAUUUGGAGGAGUAGGGAAAUCUACUCUUGCCCGUGCCGUUGCCAUUGAAACCACCAAACAGAAAAUAAAAACCUUAUUAGCGGAUUGCGACCCCCAACAAUCCACUAGUUAUGAUAAACAAUAUGAAUUAAUAAUAAUUGAUGCUCCCGCCCGAGCUAGUAAAGCCACUUUGGAAAUUGCUCAGCAAGCCGACUUAAUAAUUCAACCAGUGGGAGCCAGUAAUGAUGAUUUAAUUCCCGCCGCGAAAGAGUUUAAUGCGUUGGUAAAAGCCGGUAUUCCGAAAAAGAAACUAAUUUUUGCUCUUACUCGUUUAUCCACUUCCAAAGAAGCCGAAGCAAUUAAGGAAUAUUUAAAAGAUACCGAUUAUAAAUACUCCGAAACUUACUUGUAUGAAAAAACUUCUUAUAAACAAGUUCAGAAUGAGGGAAAGUCUAUUACCGAAACUAGAUAUAAGAAAUUAGCCAGGCAAGCCAAGGAACUAGUAAAUGAGCUGUUAAAUAACCUAUAA